GGCCCCAGGGCUGCUGCCUUACGAGCCUUUCACAAUGGUGGCAGUGAAAAUGCUUAAAGAGGAAGCAUCUGCAGACAUGCAGGCUGACUUUCAGCGAGAGGCAGCCCUCAUGGCAGAGUUUGACAAUCCGAAUAUCGUUAAGCUUUUAGGUGUGUGUGCUGUUGGGAAACCGAUGUGCCUGCUGUUCGAGUAUAUGGCCUACGGGGAUCUCAAUGAGUACCUGCGCGACCGCUCGCCCCGCAACCUCUGCAGCCUGGUGCACGGCAGCCUGGACGCGCGGAUCCGCCUCCCCAACCCCCUGGCGCUGUGCUGCACCAGCCAGCUCUGCAUUGCCAAGCAGGUGGCUGCUGGCAUGGCCUACCUCUCUGAGCGCAAGUUUGUCCACCGGGAUCUGGCUACCAGGAACUGCCUGGUAGGGGAAAACAUGGUGGUCAAAAUCGCCGAUUUCGGUCUGUCGAGGAACAUGUAUUCGGCCGACUAUUACAAAGCGAAUGAAAACGACGCCAUCCCCAUCCGCUGGAUGCCCCCCGAGUCCAUUUUCUACAACCGCUACACCACAGAGUCCGACGUUUGGGCCUAUGGGGUGGUGCUGUGGGAGAUCUUCUCCUAUGGCAUGCAGCCCUACUAUGGGAUGGCUCAUGAGGAGGUCAUCUACUACGUGAGGGAUGGGAAUGUCCUUUCCUGCCCAGACAAUUGUCCCCUGGAGCUCUAUAACCUGAUGCGUCUCUGCUGGAGCAAGCUGCCUUCUGACCGGCCAGGCUUUGCCAGCAUCCACCGCAUCCUGGAGCGCAUGUACGAGAGGGCUGUGGCCACCCCAUCAGUCUGA